AUGUAUGUUAUUAAGCAGAAGCAAUUAUACAUGAAAUAUAAACUCUUAUCAAAUUAGAUGAUUAUAUUUCAUUUUGGGGAAUUCAAUCUGCAAAUAUUGAAAUAAGAGCAGAAUUUUAUUCUAUUGAAUAAAUUGAUUAACAUAAAGUUAUUGUAAAAUUAAAUAAUCAUUAGGAAUGAUCAAAUGUAAUAAUAUGAAUUUAUUAGAUAUUAUAUACUUGACUUAUUUAUACUUCUAUAUUAUCCUCUUAAGAAGAAACUGAAUAUGAAAAAUUAAUUAAUUUAACAAGUCUAUGAAUAAACUAAAUAUGAUAUCUAACCCAAAAUUGAAAAUUUCACUUUUGAAGAAUAUUCUCAUAAUAAUAAUGAACAAUUAAUUAAAAAAAAUCAUGAAAAUAUUAGUAUAGCUGUCAAUUCAUAAAAAAUUUAAAGAGAUUUAAUUAUUUAUAAUUGA